CCUGAGUAAAACUUUAUAGUCAAUUUACAAGUUGUAGGAUUUGACUUUAUAAGAAGCCAAUCAAAGUUGACCAAACACGCCCUAAACACGAUCAAUUGAAUAUGAAAUGAUCAAAGAUUGAUUGUUUCUUAGAUUGAGAUAAUUCAUUGAAACGUGACGGUGACCGGAAUUAUAAUAUAAUAAAACUAAAUUAAAGUAAAAAUGAAAUAAAAAAGAGGGGAUGUCAUUUGCUUAUAAAUAGUGUAAUCCAAAUUCUAUUUACAUAAUACUACCAUAAACAAAAUUUGCUUAUAAUUAAUUAAAUUAAAAAUAAUUAUCGACAUGGCCGAAGAGAAGAAGCACCGCAGUUUCUUCCACCACAAGAAGGAAGGAUGCGAAGAAGAAGAAGAAGAAAAGGUGCACGAUUACGCUAAAGAACAAAAGCAUCACAAGCAUGUGCAGCAAUUGACUACCAUCGGCGCCAUGGCUGCCGGUGCAUAUGCCGUGCAUGAGAAGCACAAGGCGAAGAAGGACCCGGAGAAUGCACACAAGCACAAAGUGAAGGAAGAGAUAGCGGCGGCCGUGGCGGUCGGAGUACCGGGAUUGCGUCCAAGAGCGUCAUGAGAAAAGGAUGCUAGAAGAACAUAAAAAUGAAGGAUGCUAAGAAGAAAAAAUGAAGGAUUUGCUCCUUAAUUAACUAUGUUAAUUUAAUUCUUAAUUAUGUUGCUAAUAAAAAUAUUUAUUGCGAUGCCUAUGUUUCGUGAUAAAGUGUGUUGUUGUUUUUAUUUAUUUUUUUUCCAUGGCUUAUGGUGUUUGUUUAUAUGAUGAUUGUAAGGCUCAUUAAGUGGCCUUAGUGUUACGUGUGACGUUUAAAUAAUAAUAAUUUUAUUUUAUUUA